UUGCGGACGGACUGGUCCGACAGAUAAUGUGUCCGUGUGCAUUGCUUGUAUCCCUGCAGGUCAACAAGUUUCUUCUAAAUACUCAUAUGUCAGUACAGUUUCUUUGUGUUAGUGACUCCGGAUGCUUUCUGCUUCAACAAAAAUAAUUUGCUUGCGUGUUUGUUCUUCUUCUACGAUAGACAUAAAUACAAACCAUGCACGUGACCCUCAACCUUCAUCACAUUUAAUUUCUAUGCAGGAUUUAAAAGGAACGAAUAACAGACAUGGACGGUGACACACCAGAUGAGGCCUUUGCUGAUCUUAGGACAAAGAACCUUGGAGCAUGGGGUGUUGCUCAGAUAGCUGCUGGCACUGGGCUUGCAGUUUAUGCUAUGUGGGUCGGAAUCCUGCAGCCAGGCUUCCGAAAAGUCCCCCUGAGGCUACAGGUCCCGUAUAUCCCUGCCAGCAAAUCUCAAGUUGAAAAUGUAAUGACACUACUGAAAGGACGAAAAGGAGCUCUUGCAGAUCUGGGAUCUGGUGAUGGCCGCAUUGUCUUGAGGGCUUAUCAGGAGGGUUUCACACCUACUGUUGGCUAUGAGCUCAACCCCUGGCUUGUUCGCUUGGCUCGCUUUCAUGCAUGGAGAGCAGGUCAUCAUGAGAAAGUUUCUUACCGACGAGAAGAUCUGUGGAAGGUCGACUUGACAGAAUGCAAGAAUAUCACCGUGUUUCUGGCCCCAAGUGUUCUUUCCUUAUUGCAGGAUAAGCUGCUGGCUGAGCUUCCUGAUGAUGCCUUAGUGGUAGCUGGUCGUUUUCCCUUCCCUGACUGGACACCAAGCAGGAUUGAGGGACAUGGCGUGGACAGAGCCUGGGCGUAUAGCAUGCAAGCACUAAGACACUGUUCAGAGAAAAAUGACGCCCAGAGAGACAGAGUCAGUCAACUGACCAAGGAGAAGGGAUCUACUUAAAGCUACAUGGAUGCUCCCAAUACAGUGUUCAUUGCUGCUGUAUUUAUUUCACUGUGCAGUUGAGAGAAAACUGCUUGUAUGACGUACACCCUUCACUUGAGUAUUAAGGGUGUUCAUUUUAAAAUUACAGUCAAAACAUUUUUUAA